GAGUCCAGACGUUUUUUGUUGCGCAGGCGUUAAGUCCUUGAAAAACUAUACAGACCAGCAUGCAACAGGGUCAAUUUUCUCUUGGGCACUACAUUUCCCAGAAAUCACUUUGCACCGCAGUGUUUGCUGGGAUGGGAACCACGCUGUUCCCCUGUCUUCUUGGGACAAGUGAAGCGCGGACUUUUCAACAAGAGCUUUAUUAAUUCUUACGCUACGGAUUUGGCAGGCGAUGGAAGUGGCGGCUAAUUGCUCUUUGCGGGUGAAGAGGCCUCUGUUGGAUCCCCGUUUCGAGGGUUACAAGCUCUCCCUCGAACCACUGCCCUGUUACCAGCUGGAGCUUGACGCAGCUGUGGCAGAAGUAAAACUUCGAGAUGAUCAAUAUACACUGGAACACAUGAAUGCUUUUGGAAUGUAUAAUUACCUACACUGUGAUUCAUGGUAUCAAGACAGUGUCUACUAUAUUGAUAACCUGGGGAGAAUUAUGAAUUUAACAGUGAUGCUGGACACUGCCUUAGGAAAACCACGAGAAGUGUUUCGACUUCCUGCCGAUUUGACAGUGUGUGACAAUCGCCUUUGUGCAUCUAUUCACUUCACCUCUCUCACCUGGGUGACCUUAUCGGAUGGAACUGGAAGAUUGUAUCUGAUUGCAACAGGUGAACGUGGAAAUAAUGCUUCAGGAAAAUGGGAGAUUAUGUUUAAUGAAGAGCUUGGAAAUCCUUUUAUCAUAAUUCACAGUAUCUCAUUGCUAAAAGAUGAAGAACACUCAAUAGCUACUCUGCUUCUUCGAAUAGAAAAGGAGGAACUGAAUAUGAAAGGCAGUGGCUUCUAUGUUUCUUUGGAAUGGGUCACUAUCAGUAAGAGAAACAAAGAUCAUAAAAAAUAUGAAAUAACUAAGCGUGACAUUCUUCAUGGAAAUACAGUGCCACAUUAUGCUGCUUUUGAGCCUGAUGGGAAUGGCCUAAUGAUUGUUUCUUACAAGUGCUUCCAGUUUGUUCACACUGGUCAGGAUCGUGAAGAAAGUGAGGUUGAAAUGUCAGAGAAAGUCAAAGAACCUCUGUAUUACUGGCAACAGACUGAAGAGGAUUUGACAGUAAUGAUCCGGCUUCCAGAAGACACUACGAAGGAGGACAUUCAAGUACAGUUUUUGCCUGAUAACAUCAGCAUUGUGCUAAAUGGUCAGCUAUUUUUGGAAGGAAAGCUCUAUUCAUCUAUUGAUCGUGACAGUAGUACAUGGAUAAUUAAAGAAAAUAAUAGCUUGGAUAUUUCUUUGAUGAAGAAGAGUGAAGGCCUGACAUGGCCAGAGCUGAUAGUUGGAGAUAAACAAGGGGAAUUCAUAAGGGACUCAGCCCACUGUGCUGCAAUAGCUGAACGUUUGAUGCAUUUGACCUCUGAAGAACUGAAUCCAAAUCCGGACAAAGAAAAACCUCCCUGUAAUGCUCAAGAGUUAGAAGAAUGUGAUAUUUUCUUUGAAGAGAGUUCCAGUUUAUGCAGAUUUGAUGGUAGCACAUUAAAAACGACUCAUGUGGUGAAUCUUGGAAGUAAUCAGUACCUUUUUUCUGUCGUAGUGGAUCCUAAAGAAAUGCCCUGUUUCUGUUUACGGCAUGAUGUUGAUGCCCUUCUCUGGCAACCACACGCUAGCAAACAAGAUGAUAUGUGGGAGCACAUAGCAACUUUCAAUGCUCUAGGCUAUGUCCAAGCAUCAAAGAGAGACAAAAAGUUUUUUGCCUGUGCUCCAAAUUACUCCUAUGCAGCUCUUUGCGAGUGCCUCCGUCGAGUAUUCAUCUAUCGUCAGCCCACUCCCAUGACCACUGUACUUUACAACAGAAAGGAAGGCAGGCAAGUAGGGCAGGUUGCUAAGCAGCAAGUGGCAAGCCUAGAAACCAAUGAUCCUAUUUUAGGCUUUCAAGCAACAAACGAGAGAUUAUUUGUUCUCACCACCAAAAACCUCUUUUUAAUAAAGAUAAAUACAGAGAACUAAUUAUUCCACCAUGUUGACUUCUCUGUACUGAAAAUGUAUUCAAUAGUAGCUAGAGGGUUGGCCAUUUACACUGAAAUCUUUUUAGUUUCCAUGUAUUAAAUGAAAAUGUCUUGUAUAAUUUUUUUUUUUAUUUUUUAAAGGACAUUGGAAAUCUAUUCAAAAGAUUAUGAAUCUGUAAAAGCUGUAGUACACUGUGGAAUGAAGAUAAAAUUGGCUUCUGUAAAAAUGUAAAGAUAAUAUUAGCAACUAUAAUUAUUUUUUAGAAAACUAAAAAUUCAUCUUUUAUAUGAAACAUAUGUAAGUCAUUAUUUGAAAAAUAAAAAUAUUUAUUGU